AUGGCUGGCAUCAUGGGCGAAUCUGGUCAAUAUGGCGCGGAUGCACUGUUUGGCCCUCAACUUCCGGGCCGACUUGACUUUACCACCUACUUUGAAAACACUAUACUAAGUAUUCUGCCCAAUGGUUUUUUUGUGGCUGGGUCUUUGAUCUGCCUUCAUCAACUUUUCUGCCAACCGCGCCUAGUCCGCCGUGGGUUUCUUUGGUGGCUGAAGCUCACUAUGAGUGCGCUUCUUCUUGCCACUGACUUGGGCGCUUUGACACUGUCGUCACUGGCCGCGGAACCAACAAACCUUGCUGUCGCUGCAGCAGCUACCUCGUGUCUAGCGAGUGUUUUGGUCAUCAUCUUGGCAGAUACUGAGCACCGCCGAUCACUUCACUCCUCUGGAUGGCUUAGCUUUUGCUUGGGUCUCUAUGCCCUGCUUGGUAUCGCUAAAGCACGGUCUUUUUUUCUACGAGCAGAACUACAUUCCCUGGCCAUCCUCCAAAGUCUCGACAUUGGUAUCAUGGCCGUCAUAUUAGUUCUCGGAGAAGUUUCCAAGUUUGCUGAAAUCAUCGACCCAGAGCAGCGCGACGCCGCUGGUCCAGAAGCCCUUGCAGGAUUUUGGAACAGGUCUUGUUUCUUUUGGCUGCUGCAGACUUUGUACGCUGGCUCGAAGCGCUUGCUAAACGUCCAUGACUUGCAUACGCUGGAAGAUGAUCUCCAAGGCGAUCGGCUCUUUGCAAACUUUGUCCCCAUAUGGUCGCGUUGGAACAAACGAUCGUCAAAAGUGUUAUUCAAAGUCUUGAUUCGGACUUUGCUACGGUCAAUACUCGUCGCCGUAGUACCCCGGCUGGCCCUCAUAGGUUUCUCCUUCUCACAGCCGUACCUUUUGGAACGCGUCGUUCUCCUCCUCGAAAGUAAGAAUCCGCGAGACAACUUCGAAAAUGGUCUCGUUGGCGCUGCCGCUCUGAUAUACAUUGGAAUUACCGUCUCACGGGCAUGGUAUAAUUACCUCGCGGUGCGCAUGGCUACGAAGACGCGGGGCAUCCUCAUAGCAGCCAUUUACGACAAGACGGUUAAGUUAGAGCAUAAUCAAGCUAAAAAGCUCGCCGCAGUGACUCUCAUGAGCACGGACGCGGAUGGGGUUACCCGCAAUGCUCGCACCUUGUACGAAUUCGCUGCCAACCUGCUAGAGUUGGCCGUGGGCAUCACAAUCCUGGCGUUGAGGGUUGGACCUGCCUGCAUUUUGCUUCUCGCCCCGACAGCCUUGCUCUCUGCUACCUCGACUAAAUUUGGCAAAAAGGUCGGGCCUUCCCAAGUUACGUGGAACAAGAGCAUCGAAGACCGCGUUUCAAAAACAUCAGCAAUUCUUGGCCAAAUACGAACCAUAAAAAUGGUUGGUCAAGGACCUGCUGCGACGGACUAUAUUCAAGAACUACGCAAGAAGGAGAUUGAUGAGUCUCAAAAAUAUCGAUUCUUGCAGGCAGCACUCCUUGCAAACGCCAUGCUCAUCUACUGCUUGACGCCUAUCAGUGUCAUAGCAGGAUAUAUUUUUUGGACGCGUCCAAAUGUUGUUUUGAAGUCUAGUGAUAUCUUCACCAUCCUUUCCAUUGUCGCUAUUGUCUCUACACCCCUCAGCAAAGUAGUUGCAUCUUACCCUGGAGUUGCAGCUACGUUUGGACGCUUGCAGCGGAUUGAAUCAUUCCUUCUGCUGCCCGAGAGGAUUGAGCAGCGAGAAUUUAUAGGACGCCCAUUGGCGACCGGGAGCAUUUCUGGUGAAGCCGAAAAAUUAACCCAUUGUGAUGAGCAAAGCUGGGAUAUUUACCCUGCCGAUGUACAUCAAGUCUCCAUAUCUGCGACAAAGACUUCGGGCACCAUCAUCCCCUGCUCGACUUUCAGUAUACCGCGUCGCAAGUUUACUAUGGUUGUGGGCAAAACGGGCUGCGGCAAGUCCACUCUUCUCCGUGGCCUACUAGGGGAAGCCAUUGUCACAGAGGGCACCAUCUCCCUAGAACGCGCAUUUGUCGCAUACUGUGAUGAACAAGUCUGGAUCCAAAACAGGAGCAUUCGGGAGAAUCUCAUUUGCGCCAGCAACUAUGAUGCACGAUGGUAUAGCCACGUGCUGAGCGCUUGUCAACUCCUGAGCGACAUUCAGUCUUUUCCCUCUGGCGACCAGACCAUUGUUGGGUCAGACGGCCUAAAGUUGAGUGGUGGCCAGAAAGCGAGACUGGCACUUGCAAGAGCUGUAUACGCCCUGGCACCCCUAAUUCUUUUGGAUGACAUCUUCUCCGCAAUAGACGAAAAAACGGCGGACGGCAUCAUGAACGCAUUGCUUGGGCCGCAAGGAGUACUGCGAAGAACGGCGUGCACAGUUGUCUUGGCCACAUCCUCAGGUACGUCAAAGAAUACAUAG